AUGGCUUUCAUCAAUCCCCAAUUGGAAACAAGUGAAAAGGGUAAAGAAGUACUAAAACAGAUUGCUUUUUCCGAUCCACCAGAACAAGAAGUUUCUAAUUCCUCAACCAAAGAUUACAAGGAAAAUAAAUCUAGAAUUUACAAUAAGAUGGCUGGACAAUUUGGAAAUUUUUUCGUUUCAUUUAGGCAAAAAGUUUUUGUGGUUAAAAGGUUCAUUCAAGAUCUUUGGUUACAGUAUGUUCGUGGUGAAAAUUCAGAAAGAAUUAGAGCUUUCCAAGUUUGGCCAGGGAAUAAUGUAUUUUUCUUCCAUGGAAGACUCAUUUGUGGCCCGGAUCCCAAAGGAUUACUCUUGACAACAGUAUCAAUAACACUUUCAAGUUGGAUAUUUGCCAUGUAUACUGGAGAUGAUUUACCAAGUCACUCAUAUCUCAUUGUAACCAUUUCUGUAAUUCUGACAAUAAUUGUUCUUGUCAACUUGAUUUUGGUUACUGCAACUGAUCCAGGAAUUAUUCCCAGAAAUGAUCAAGCAUCUAUAGAAGAAGUUGGUACCAGUGAUGGAGCCAGAAGCAAGAGAGUAACCGUUAAUGGGGUAGAACUGAGAUUGAAAUACUGUAGAAUUUGUAAAAUUUUCAGGCCUCCCAGGAGUUGCCACUGCGCUGUUUGUGACAAUUGUGUUGAGAAAUUCGAUCACCACUGCCCAUGGAUCGGUCAGUGUAUUGCACAGCGAAAUUAUCGAUUUUAUUUGACAUUUGUGAUAUCUACCUUAGUUUUCUUUAUCUACAUAUUUGCCUUCUCUAUUUGGGGAAUCCAUCAGAGAAAAGUGAAAAACAGCACCGGGCUAUUUGGGAUGCUGAAGGGCUGCCCUGAAUCUCUAGCAGUGAUAACCUUUAGUUUUGCCGCCAUUUGUUUCCUGGGUGGUCUUGCUAUUUAUCACAUGUAUCUCACUGCAACAAAUCAGACAGCUUAUGAGAAUUUCCGGCAACGCUAUGUCGAUUCUCAAAAUCCAUAUGACAAAGGAAUACUCAGUAAUGUGAAAGAGGUUCUAUUUGCACCAGUGCCACCUUCUAGAGUUGAUUUUAGAGCUGAAGUAAUGCCAACACCAACAGGAAGAUCGUAA